AUUAUUUUUGUGUAACCAAAAAAAAUUAUUUUUUAAUAGAAAAACAUGUUUGUUUUAUGAUUAUAUAUUAAUUUUAACAUGUAUGUGAAAGAUAUUCGAAAAGAAUUCUACGAUAUUAUAACGGGUGAACGAUGUGUGAUAUUCGUCAAUUUCGAUUUAGAUGCAAUAUGCGCCUGUAAAAUACUUCAAACUUUAUUCAAAUGUGAUAAUAUUGUAUACACAAUAAUUCCAAUCAAAGGAGUAACAGAUUUUAAAAAAGCCUAUGCUGAAAAUUGUUCUGAAGUUGAAUAUUUUAUUUUGUUAAAUUGUGGUGGAACAGUGGAUAUUUUAGAAGUUCUAGAGCCGGAUGAACGUAUUACUUUUUUUAUAAUUGAUUCUCAUCGACCAAUUGAUGUUUGUAAUAUUUAUAGUAAUAAACAAAUUUGUGUGAUUAGUGAAUCGUUGGAAGAUGUUCCUGAUUUCGAUGAUAUUUUUCGAGAUGAUUCCGAUGAGGAAGAUGAAGAACACUCAGAUCCUGAUGAACAUAAUUCCGAUGCCGAUGCCGAUGAAGAUGAUACUGAAGAUCCAAACUCAAAACGACAACGUUUGAUAGAAGAAAAAAUCACUAAACGGCGUACGAAACGAUUAUGGGAAGAAAACCGUGAUAAAUUAAUGUUUGAAUAUUCGCAAUUCAGUUACUACGGUAAAUCGAUCGCAAUUAUUUUAUUCGAAUUAGCGUGGCGAAUGUCAAAAGAUAAUAGUGAUUUAUUAUGGUGGGCCAUAGUUGGUAUUACCGAACAAUUGAUAUUUAAUAAAAUUGAAAAUCAAGAUUAUGUGCUGGCAUGUCAAACGUUACAGGAACAUGUGUCACGUUUAACGCGCGCACGUAACGAACAAAAUGUUUAUAAUCAUUUAAAAAUUACGUAUGAAAAAGAUUUACGUUUAGCGUUGUAUCGUCAUUGGACUGUUGAGUCUAGUUUAAAAUAUUCAGUGUAUACAUCCUGUCAGCUACGUUUAUGGACGUUGCGAGGUGAAGCGAGAUUGUUUGAAUUAUUGGCUGAUAUGGGAUUACCAUUAGCUCAAACAAAACAGAAUUUUAAUGCAAUGGAUUUAGUUUUACGUAAAGAAUUUAAUGAAUCAAUUGAAAAAUAUGCACAAAAAUAUGCGAUUGAUAAUAUUACAUAUGGUUCUUUUGUUUUACAAUAUGGUUAUCGAAUGAAAUAUUGUGCUAGUGAUUUUGUUUACUCAAUUUUAGGUGUUUUAGAAACGACUGGUAAAGAACGGAAUGCCGAUGACUGUUUUUUAGAUGCAAUGGAUUUUGUUUCAAGUUUUAAAAAAGAUUCACUUGAUUGUGGAAUUGAAAAAGCGAAAAAAAUUCUUAGUACAAUUUUUAAACUUGUUCAAUAUACGUUAGAUAUGAGAUUAGUUUAUGUAGCUGGACCAUUUAUUUAUUUAGAAUUUCAAGAGGGCAAUUCAGAUGUUAGUAUAUUUUCACAGCCGCAUUGUUUAUCACUGCUGGCACAUUUCACACUUAAUGCUUAUGUAGCAAUAUCUAGAAGUAAGAAAACUCUCACAUUACCAUUAAUAUGUACGGGUCCUAUGGAUCCAGAAACCCAUUAUUGUGUUAUGGUUGGUAUACCACCAAUUUCAGAGGAUUCACCAAAAAACUUUUUUGGUAAAGCUUUUGAAAAAGCUGCAGCUAAUUCUCAAACAAAAAUCGAUCUCGACUAUUUUGAUACAUCAGUUGUACGUAUUUUAGCUGAAGAUCGUUCCAAGUUUGUUGAUGCUCUUAUAGCUUUAUUAUCGUAAUAAGUUUAUUUUUAGGUAACA